AUUUCAUCAUGUACGGUCCUCUUUGUAAUCAGUGAUACAGUCGACGAAUUUCCUGUCUACUUAUUGUUAAUUUCAAUACUUUUGCUAGAGAAAAUAUUAAUUGAAUCGCAUAAGUUUAAUGAUAAUCUAUGGUACUUUGUCUCUGAUGAUUCACUCUAUCCAUUUUUGAAUGAAAUAUUGCAAAUUUUAAUGAAUUUAUUUUGACUGGCUGAAAAGUGCCUAUGGAAUGAAGACAAGUUGAUAUUAUUUUCAAUUCGUCUAUGCAAGUAGAAAAGUAUAAUUGAAACCAUGAUUAAUGUGCAUGGAAUUCGUCGGAAUGUCAAAAAUGUUGUGCGGAACUACACGGAAGCGCAGAUUAAAGUUCGUGAAGCUACUUCAAAUGAUCCUUGGGGUCCAUCCAGUACUCUUAUGAGUGAAAUUGCAGAUUUAACUUAUAAUGUAGUUGCCUUCUCAGAAAUAAUGCAAAUGAUAUGGAAGAGGUUAAAUGAUCAUGGAAAAAAUUGGCGACAUGUUUAUAAAGCAUUAGUUUUAUUGGAAUAUUUGAUUAAAACAGGCUCUGAAAAGGUUACUCAACAGUGCAAAGAAAAUAUAUUUGCAAUUCAAACACUCAAAGACUUUCAGCAUAUAGAAGAUAAUAAGGAUCAAGGAUUAAAUGUUAGAGAAAAAUCUAAACAAUUAGUUUCGUUGCUAAAAGAUGAAGAGCGUUUAAAAAAUGAACGUGCUCGGGCAUUAAAAGCUAAAGAAAGAUUUGCCCAGGCAACUUCACAUGUUGGGAGUGAUUCUGUUGAAAAACUUGGUUCACCUGGAUAUUCUGAUUCUCAUGGUUCUUCACCUGAUGGUGCUUCUCUUCAACGAGGUGCUUUACCAUCAGAACUUGAAUGUGCACGUCCACAGACUGCUGGUGAAGAAGAAUUGCAACUUCAGUUAGCUUUAGCAAUGAGUAAAGAAGAAGCUGAGCAAGAAGAACGAUUACGUCGAAAUGAUGAUCUAAGAUUGCAAAUGGCAAUAACUGAAAGCCAAGAAGAUUUUCGAAGAAAUGCUCAUGAUAAACCUGGCACGCAGCAAUCUGCUAUGGAUGAUCUUCUUGGAAUAAGUAUAAGUGGAAAUAAUGCUGAGGGUAAAGGAGCAGUUGCAACUGAUCCGUGGGGAAUGCCACUGAUGAAACCACCUCAGUCAGCAGAUCCUUGGAAUUCUACUUCUAAUCGAUCUGUGGAACCAAGUAAUGAUCCUUGGGAUGAAACUGCAACAUCAACUACAGUGGAAACACCAGUUCAAAAUCGUGUCCAAAAUGAUCCUUGGGGAGGUGAAACAGUUGGCAAUGAUCCUUGGAAUGUUAAACCAUCAAAUUCAAUUGCUUCUGUUAAUAAUGUAACAACAAAUGGUGAACUAGAUGAUUUUGAUACAUUGUGUAAAAGGACAGCUAUGAAUUCACCAGAUUUGACAAGUCCUCAAGAGAAGACAGAACCAGAUUUAUUUAAUCUCUCGGGCCUUAAAGAAUCUCUCUCAACCAAUUCUCUCCGUCAGUCACCUACAGUAUCUGAAAAACAAUUAAAUAAUGUCUCAUCCAGAAAAACGCCAGAAAGUUUUCUUGGAGCUAAUUCAAGCCUUGUAAAUUUGGAUGCCUUGGUCAGUUCACAAAAUCCUGGACAAGCUCCAAGUGCAAACACUAAUCCAUUUACACCACCAGUUUACAAUCCAUUUCAAGCUACAAAGCCUCCACCACCAACAAUCAACCAGCUUCGUGCACAAAGUCAGUUUCCUGCAUUUUCCUCACAAACUAGUUCUCACGGAAUUAUUUCUAUUGAUGAAAGAGGGACAAUGUAUACAUCACCAAUAUCUCCUCCAGCUAAUAACCCUUUCAUAUGACAAAAUGGCAUUGAGCCUUUAUUCAUUUCAUGCAUUUGGGCUCUCACAUAAACAUGAUUGUAAUAGUGUGCCUAUCUUUCUGCAGAACAAAAUGCUGCAUAUCUUUUCAGAUUGGGAUUAACUGUAUUGAAAAUUGAAAGACCGAUUAUUUACUUUACGUCUACUUGUAUCAGAAUGAAACUUUUCAGCAGAAGAUUAUUAUUAUUAUAGCAUUGUGUUAAAAAAUAAAUAGAAGCUUUUUAUUGUAUAUGUUAUAAAGAAUAUUAGUAUUUUAAGUUUUUAAUCUCGAUUGUUAAUCGAUGAAAUCAGAAAAGUCCUAUUAUGGCUGUAUACUAUUGUUCUUAUAUAUGAUAUUCUGUAAAUGCAUCUGCAGAUAUAUCAAUUUGUUAAUCAGUAAUAUCUUGAUUUAGAUAUACAGUUUUUAUUUUUUGGAUGUUCCUCCUCUUUAUUCAUCUCGUCACUUGUUAAAAAUAAUCAUUUGUAUGAGCGAUACGUUGAAAAUUUGCUCGUUUAAAAAUUAUUUAUCUAUAUAAUUUUUUAGUUAAAUCAUAGAUAUGGGAUGUAUGAUGGAUUGGGUACAUGCAUGUGCAGUAUAAUGAAAGUAAUGUGUAAUUUUUGUAGAAAAAUGUUUUUGGGAUAUAGGAAUUGUUUCAAAAUAUUUUCCUGAUUUAAAAAAGUAUUUUGUGAUGUCUUGCUUUUUAUGUUUAAAACAAACAUUCCUACAUCAGUAGGUGAUACUUUAUCCCUUCCACCUAAACAGUUAGCUUUCUGCUUAAUAUAGGUGCUGAUGCUCAAUUAGCAAGAAUAAUUUUACAUUAUAUGAAAUAUUUAUAUUUGUUUAAGAUAAUGUUGGCUUUUGUAUACAAAAAGAAGAGACUUUUCUCAGUAUUUGCUGAAGAAACUUCCGAACUUAAAGUUAUUUCUUUUAACUUGAAAAAAUCUGAAUCUUUUGUUUAUAUUUAAUGUUUAUAUAAAAACAAAUAAACUAAAGCAGAAUAAAUUAUCAAGGUGGUGCUUUGAAGUAUAAAGUCUCAAAUAUAAAACUGUUGAUUUUAUACAUAAUUUUAAGUUGUGUAAGAUGUGCAGUUGUAAAUCAAAGUUCUAUCACUAUUUCAGUGAUAUCCAAUACAAAAAAAUAUAUAUAAAUAGAGAAAUAAUAAUGUACAGCAAAUGUAAAUUACUUGAAUUUACAAUAAUUCUACAAAUAUUUUAUAAUGACAAUAAAUACUUAUAUGAAUCCAUCAUAUCCUAAAGAAUGACUGAAAAUGUUAUGGGUAUCACUGAACUAAUGCUGAACUCUGAAAUUAAUGAAUGAUAGAUAAAAUAUAUAUUUUUAGUCACUGAAAAAAAAAA